UAAGGGAGUAGGAUCUACCAUGGGUCAAUGGGCGUUUAUUGUAGCCACUUGAAGAUAUUUGCUUUGUAAACAAUGCAUUUAAACAAUGAACACUAUCCGCUAACUUGUUUGUCUGAACUCUUUGGCAAGUCUUAACUGUAUCGGCCUAGGGUAUUUAAUUCCAGUAUUUCGUGUGGGUUCCCCAUCGUAGAGCAGAACGAACAUCAUACAGUACACUACAAAGAUUUUUAUCUUAUUCGAGCAGCCUGUAGGUCUAAUGAUAUUCCAAGGAAGUCAAUGAGGGAGAUGUAAUAGGAAGGAUUUAUUGAAUUGAAGAGCAUACUGAAAAAUCUUGAUUAUGGCUGCGAAAUCCUGAAGGCACGCGCCAUGGUUAAAAAUUCCUUUAAAUGCUACUUAUAUAUAUGGAACUGUGUUGAAACCCUUUGCCUGUUAUCGCUGACAUCAAAACUGUGAAUGAUGUCACGGUCAGUGAUUCCACCAUCAGCUUGUCCGUCCGGAGUGUCAUCUCAUCAGACUAUUGACGUUUUAGAAGACAGACUUUCUGCUGCUGAGUUGGAGACGAGGGAGUUGAUUGAUCAUUUGUCCGGCAUGGGUUUUGGUCAGAAUGUCCAUCCUGCUGAACGGGACACAGACAGUCAGGAUAUAAAGAUGAAAGAGCCCAUUGCUCCGUACAAAGCAAGAAUCGCAGAUGUUGAUAUCUUGCAUGACAGCUAUGAAACCUUGGUAUCAAGGGUUUGUAAAACAGAAAGUGCCAUACAGACAUUAAAGUUAAACUUGAUAAACAUACAGGGGCAGCAGGAUUUACACCCCAAACUACACGAUCAAACAGAGGAUAAAUAUCAGAUGUUGAAAGAGGCUUGUGAAAAUGAACUUGGGAAAUUACAACGUGAAACAGAGGAUCUGCAAGAGGAACUUAAGCAGGAGACGGAUGCCAAAAACAGGGCACAUGAGGAAGUGAAGGAACUCAGAUUGGCAUUAGAGGAGGCGACCACCACAAGAGCAGAGGCUGCAGUGUCUGCAGAAGAGAUGUUGACAGGGAAGCAGAAGAUGCAAAGAAAAAUGUCCGACAUCAAAGAGGACUUAGAGAGAGAGAAGAGUAUACGCUGCAGCCUUGAAGAGUCCCACAACACUCUGCUAGGUCGAGUGAGGGAGAUGGAGAGUAUAGUGGAAUCGGAACGAAAUGAGGUGAAAUCUCUGGCAACAGACUGUACAAAUCUACGCAAUGAUGCCCUGCGAGUCCGUGAGGAGUUACGCCAGGAACAGAGCCGAGUCGAAAUGGCUGAGAAUGGGUUCGUUCAGACGAUGGAAGAACUAGAGCGUGUAAAAAAGUUACAUAGUUCGGCGGAGUCUGACCGUGAGUUACUGGUAACAGAGCUAAGUCGACUGCGCACGCAAUACGAGGACCUGAUCAAACAGCUGGAACAGACCCAAGUCAUUGUAGAUCAGCAAAAGGAAAUGUUACUCAUAGACAAGAUUACUAUAGGUAAUCACUUUAAUCAGAUCAAGAGUGGGAACAAGGAGCUUGCUGAGAAAACUGAACACCUUAAUACUAUAGUGCGGACACACCAGGAGGAAAAGGAUAGGCUCCGAACUAUGCAUGCAAAGGAGCUCAAUGCGGAACGAUCCCGUUUGGCAGAGAAGCAGGCGGUAGAGGAUGAAGCGCUGGAAUACAAGCUCAAAUUCAAUGAUGCUGAUUCUCAAAACCAGGUGCAGAAAAAAAAGAUUGUUGCCCUGGAGAAAGAGCUGGCCUCUGUGACAAAGAAAACCAAGGACAGGGAUGAGGAGUAUAAUGAUGCUGCCGACCGCCUCCAGAAGGAGCUCAACUCCCUUCAGCUUCAACUUGAGGUGUUACAGAAGGAGAAGGACCGGGCCACAAAGGACAAGGAAAAUCUCCUAGAGGAGGUAAACCAAACAGUGGACGGUAUGGUUGAGGAAAGGUCAAACCUCCAGGGGGAAGUACAACAGGCAAGGCUGGAAAUGGAAGCCACAUCACGGUCAAAACGUCAACUGGAGCUAGAGAACACAACACUGCUGGAGAGGAUUAACAGCUACGAAACACAUAAGGCUGCCAGCACUAAGAUUGAGGACACCAUGAAAGACAUGAUGGAUCAGAAAAACAAGUUAGCAUAUGAUAAUGGUCGCCUACAGUCCCAGGUGUCGCAGCUGACGGCACAGCUGGAGGUCCUGUCAGGCUCGCACACUGAGGUGUCUCAGUAUCGCAAACUCAAUCAAGAUCUCCAGAAAAAAUAUGAUAAGGCUCAGAAAGAAAUCAGCGAUUUGAAAGUACGGGUCCACGCUCAGGAAAGUCAGCUGAUGAUGUCACAGGGCAGUCUGGAGUCCCGUGACCGUGACUUCCUGGAACUGCGUGUUGCCAGGGACCAGGCUAUUCGUGAGAAGGAACGCCUUUUGAAUCAGCUACAUGAUCUAGACCAAAGAGAUAAACCAAAGGUUGAGGGUCUACAGAAGAACCUGCAUGAUGCUAAGACAGUGAACAAGGAGAUUGGAAACACACUAGAGGCUGUAAUGUCCUCCCAUUCCCAGCUACAGACGGUCGUAGAGGACCUCCAAGUACAGCUUGGCAAGAAGGACACGCAGAUAUCUCAGCUCAAGAUGAGCAAAAAUAAGAAAGAAGAGGAUUGGAAAAUGGAGUUGCGUCUCUUUGAAGAGAGAAUGGAAAAUCUUCGAGAAGAACUCCGAAAGGAGCGAGAGAAAUCUCACAAAAAGACAAGUCGUGACAUAGCUGAGAUAAAGAAGCAGAAUGACAAUUUACAGAACAGAAACAUGGAACUAGUGAAGACUAACACAGAACUACGCCACCGAGUCACAGAGUGUGACAGCACAGCGAAGGAUCUGAAGGAGAAGGUGGCCGACCAGAAACGAAAAAACGAAUACCUACACCGGUCUAAACGGGAACUUGAGGAUAAUGUGGACAAAGUUAAGGAAAUGAGGUCAGAAAUAGAAGAUUUAGAAAGAUUGAGAGACGAGUAUAUGAAAAGAAAUCAUGACCAAGGUGAGAUGAUCAACACAUUCAUGAACCAGAUCGCCUGUCUCCAGUCUGAGCUGAGGAACCUAGCCCAGGCUCAGUCACAAACUAACAGUUUAAUCAACCAGCGGGAAGAGGCCCUAGAGAAAGAGAGAGUAUACAAAGAAGAUUCUCGUCGCAAGCACAAGGUACACAGUGGCAGACCCCUGGAGACAAGGCGACAGAAAGAAGAGAUAGAGAGAAUGAGGAGAGAGGCAGAGGAGAAACUGAAAAUGGCUCAGGAUGAAUCUGCUGAGAUAUCCAUACAUCUGUCUGACGCUCAUAAUUGGUUUAAGUCUAAAUUCAACAAACUCCAAGAUGAGAUCUUAUCCUCAAAAAAAACACAGGCAGACCUUGAGGAAGAAAAUCGAGACCAAAAAAUGCUACUAGAGUCUGAACAAUAUAAAUCAAACCAGGCAGCAGAACGGGCGAAGGAGAUGAUACGGGCCAUGGAAGCAUUAAAGGAGGAGAGGAAAGCCAAGAAGGGGGCUAGUCGCAACACCAUUAGUCAACUGGCUGACUACGGCGACAUGGCCGACACCGAGGUGAGAGAGGAGAUGGCUCGGCUGAAGCGUGAAGUCCAGAAACAGAAAGACCAUGCCAAAUAUAUUGAAAUGAAACAUGAAAAAUACAAAGAGGCAAGUUCAAGACAACUGGGAAAUUUAUUAAAAGAUUUCGGACGCUGAUGUUUAUUGGAAACAGAACCAGAAAAUUGUGUCCAGAAGAUUCCCUCCCCUUCUUCCACCUCAUAUACCAUAUGAAAGUACAUGAAGGUUUUAUUAUGGAGAUAACAUCCAAACUUAGUUUAAAUUGUGUGAUGGGUUUUCACAUUGAUGUUUGAAAGGAAAAAAGCCUUAAGUAUCCAUGUCAGAGUAAGGUAGCAUACAUCCUUAAGUCUCCAUGUCAGAGUAAGGUAGCAUACAUCCUUAAGACUCCAUGUC